GGCACUUCAUCUGUACGGAGUACCGGGAGUACACCAUGACGCGUCACCGCAGAGGCAAGCGCGGGCGCGCGAGCCCCGACCCUCCGGCGAAGCGCCGCCGCGGCCGCGGCCGCGGCCAGCCGGAGCUUGAAGCUGACGAGCCAGUGGCCGCUCCGGCGCCGGUACCGGCUCCCGCGGCAGCGGCGGCUCCGGAGCCGUCGCUAGUGAUGGUCGCGGGGCUUCCCCCCGGGUGCGGCGUGAUGGAGCUCAAGUCGCGGCUGGGGGCGUACGGCUCCAUCGCGCGCACCCGCAUAGACGCCGCCUCCGCCACCGGGUACGUCACCUUCCGCUCCGGCGCGGCCGCUCUGGCGGCCAUUGCGGCCUCCCUCGACCCCGAGGGCGGCGUCACCGUCGGAUCCAAGAAGGUUUUAGUUGUACAGGCAAGCGAGGCACCAGGUAUAGCUCAAGCCAACCCAGUGGGGGAGCCAUUGCGUGAUGCGACGAAGAGGAAUGCCAGCGAGUCGUCGGCGUUCGCGAGCACCAAAGCAGCUCCAGAAGCGGCCUACAAAGCUAGAGAAAUAGUCGCCUACGAUGAUCUGUUCUGAGUUUCUAAUAAUCAGCCUUCUCCAGAGAGGAGAGGCAGGUUUCUCCUUGUACACUGCUAGGGUCUUCAGGUGCGUGAGAAGUGGGUAAUUCUUAGUAUUGUAAUUUGUGUGUGCAUGUAUUUCUUGUAUUCAGCAUGUACUGUAGAGGUUCUGAUCGAAACAUGAGAAUUUGUGUAUGCUUACUCA